AUGUGCCUCUUCGGACGUCUCUCUUUUUUGGCGAUUGCCGUCCUCUCCGCCGCGUACUCCGCGUACGCACUCAGCGAGUAUCGCGCCGCGUGGUGCAUUUCUCGUGCCCGCCUCAUCAUCCCUAAAGCUGUGCUGCGCUUCCACGCCUCCCUGAAAAGGCGUGGGUCUGCCGGGAGUUGCAGUCACCGCCGCGGGCAGCAGACUGCGAGCGACUCCAAGAAUCCCUCGGCGGUGCCUCCGGCACGAGAGGCAGGGGCUUUUUCCGGCUCGGCGAACUGGUCCGCGGCGACGGAGGCGCUGCGCGGGUCCGUCUCCUGCCCCGUCGCCUUUGUGGACAACGCGGCCUUUGAGUCAAACGUGCGUGCGGUGGUCUCACUGUUGCUGAAGAGCAAUAAGCAAAUACGAUUGACUACCAAAGGCAUCCACUGUCCGGAGCUGCUGGAGCGUGCGGCGGCGCUGAUGGAGAAGUUUUCCCGCCCGUGCUCGGACUAUGAUAUUAUUGCCCCUGGACGGCCCUUGGUGUCGGGUUUGCUUACCUCCACUGCCGCCGAGACGCUUCUGUGGGCGCGGCGCGGCACCUUCGCCUCCUUGUUGCUAGGAGAACCUGUCGUGGACGCGGUGAGCGCCGCCCACUACGUCGAGGCCAUGACUCUCAACGUCUCCUCAAAGGUGCGUUGCCUAGUGGUGGUGGAUGCGGUGGCGCAGCUGGAGCUACUUUGGGGCGCCGCCAAGGCAUGGAUCUCCAGCGGUGGGUACACCCGCCUGGGAUUUGACAGCGCGGUGGAGUCGCUGCAGUUUGAUUUGAUGCUCCGUGUGGAUCUCUCGGGUGACGCCCCGUGGAGUCCGUUUCCGCGCGGCGAGGGACCACAGCCGCUGCGCAGUUCUCGCCACGUGUCGCAAUUCUGUGCCAUGGUGAGGGAGUUCAACGCGAAGCUUUCGAACGAGAAGCUGCCAGUUGGGAUUCAGUUCCUUGUCCGAGGGCUGUGGACACACGAGGACGGGCAGCUGUCACGCGCCGACAUCGCCCCCACGUCCUCACACACCGCCAGUUGCUUCAUCCCGGCACGAUGGUCCAUGCGCUACCCACUGCUGCGGUGGUACAAGCCGUAUGCGGCAAAGCUGCUGCAACAGCGUCGUUGCUCUAUGCUUGAGCGAUUGGGGUACAAGAGGCAGGCGGCGCCUGAUGUCCUUCUUACCAGUGGCGGAAGCAGUGCCUCGCUUGUCUACGCCGCACAGGAUGACACCCUUGCUGAGGUGUGUGUCGGUGCGGGCUUGUUGUGCGGGCAUCAACUGGACCGCUACGCCGACUCCAUCUUUAAACCGUCGCUGUACUUUGCACUGGCGGUGACCCGCGUGGGGCCGCGUGGGGUGCUCAUCUGCAGCGGAUUUGGGCGAAGCCUCCUUGGUGCCGUCGCGGUGUACCCGCCAAGGUUGCGCUCCGCGCGAUGCCAAGGCGCCUACGUGGACGAGGACCUCGAGAUGGGCGUGAUGCUGUCAGACGGCUCACCGGCAGAUGAUCCCAUUGGCGUCGGCGAUCCCGUUGUGUUCCGUCCCGAGUACAGCAGUACGCUGGCUGAAAUUGUGGACUCUUUCCUGCUCAUCACGGAGGAGGGUGAGGUGUCGGCGUCCAUGCGCACCUACAGGGGCGAGGGAUGGAAUAUAUGGGCAUGA